AUGCGUCGCGCUCUCCAAGCAGUGCUCUCCCGCCGAGCGCUAAUAUUGCCUCAAUCAUCUUGCAAUCUUGAUCACCAUUAUUCUCAUCGUGCUUUGAACAGGCUUCUAUAUUCAACCUCACCGCGACUACUCCCGCAGAAGCCCACCACGUUCAACAUAACCUAUCCUAAACCUGCGCAUGAUUCGGGCCCAAAUACAGAAUACGAUGGACACUGGGUGAAAUUGAUCAAAGAAGUGGUUGAAGGACAAUCUAGUUCAUUGUGUCCUGUCAACUGCACUGGCUCGGUAGCCUAUCGUACAUGUUACAGUGCGUGCGACUCUACUCGCUGGAAUCUAUUUCGACAGGAGUUUGAUAGGCUGAUUCUGAAGAAGUGGGAGGCACAAGCAAAACAUGGUGUGGAUCCAGAUGGUGCCAGGUUCUUGUGGAAGCUGUGGUGGUUUGACGCGGAUGAAGGUGCAGAUAUGACCUCAUUAAACAUCAAGUUUGCAGAUGUUCCUGGUAUUGGAGAUAACAAUCCGUCUCACCAUAUGGACCCUGAUUUGAAUCCAACCCAUGCAUUCUUUCUCCUAGUUAAUGAAGAAGUCAUUGCGUCUGUUCUGGAAGGUCCAGCAAAAGGCGAAAUUCCAUUUGUCUAUGUUGUAGACACUCAUUCCUGGCCUCCGUACGAACCCGACGAGGACGAGAUUGAGGACGAGAUUGAGAAUGGGCAAUGUAAGGAUGAGGAUUACAAGGGAUAUCUCAAAGUAGCCGUUGAAUUGUAUGGGGAAUUUUGGUAUUUUGUAUCCACGGGACAUUUCGGAAUGGAGGAGCUUGCGCCUUCAGAUGAAAUAAGCAAGGACAUGUUUACCGAAUCAAUCAUGUGA